UCCAACUCUUAAGUCAUCCUAUUCAUUAACAGUCAGGAAAUAUGUGUUAAUAAAUUUGAAGAAUUUUUUUCCAGCAUUUCCAGCUUAAUGUUGACAUGUGAACAUCUUUCGAACCAAAAAAAUAAUCGUUCAAAAUCAACAGAAAACAAAUUGUAAAUUAAUAAGCUUGUCUCGUUUUUUCAGCUUUGAAACUGACAACAUUUCUAAUUGUUUGAUGUGCCUUUCACCACUACUGAUUGUGUCCAUUCAAAAAAGUUAAUUAAAGGUGUCAACUACUGAAAUCGAAGUAACAACCUGCUUCAACAUUUUCUUACCAGCCAUCAUCGCAAUUAGUGUGGUUUACUUUAUCAAGUAAAUAUUUUGGUAAUUUUCUGUUUAUUUCUUCAAAUCUGAAGAUCUGCUUCCACUAAAAUAGCAGAAUCAGUUGAAACAUUGUUUAUUUGGUUUAUCUGAUUUUCCAAAUCAUUGGUUCCUUGGCAUAUCAUGAAACAUAACUGUUAGUGGAGCCCAAACAAGUGGAUAAAUUAACCUGAUAAGAUCGCCAUUAAUAAUUGAUUAUCAGUGAAUCUCUUUGGUUUCAACAAACAACAAAAUGUGUAUUCCUGGUUGUCCACAUUUGUAAACCAACUCUUGUGACCCAAUCUGGUUAAAAUUCAAAACCAGUGUUGUGCAAUGAAACUUGGUAAUGCUCUCGAUGUAAACCAGAAAAAGUGAAACCAAACUUACAUCCAGUUACAAAUCAGCGUUUCAACAACACAAUUGCAAUCAACAAAGUUCUGAUAGUUCCUCGCUUGGUGUCAAUAGUUACAAUUUGUCAGCUGGAAGACAAAAAGACACAAAUUACGCCUGAUAUCAUGACAUUUCUACUGAUACAUUGAUAAAAGUUACUAGUCAUCCUGAUUGCUCCAAUUUAACAGCUGUAAAUAGACACAUCAUAAAACAUUCCUGCUAUCAUCAUGGAAAGUUUGAAAUCAGUCAAUUAUUGUGACCUUUGAGACAACCAAAAGUUUUUAAUGUUUCUGAUGAAUUUUGGACAAAAAGCAAGUUGCUCUUUGAGCGCGUUCAAUGAGGCAGAUAAUCUUUCAACAAAUUUCUUCGAUGGGAAAUAAAAGCAAACUGUUCUUAACUUUGCUCCCAAUUCUUAUGGUUAUUUGUAUUAUUCACAUUCUCAACCAAACAAACCCAACAUUACCUCGUCAAAUAUACUCAGUUCACCACCGACAGUUUACUAAUUUCCAGGAUCAAGUCACCCCGAAUAGUGAUUUCCCGUUUCAACUAAUCAGAACUUUAAACGAGACCAACCAAGCUAACUCCAGCUAUACGAGUAUCGGUGACAAAAUUUGCCCACCAGGAAUCAAAAAAUUAAUUAUACUUAUCAUGGUUGGACCUGAAAAUCGAGAGACUAGAGAUGUUAUUCGGCAAACUUGGGGUUCUUACCAAUUACCUGGUCUGUCUUAUGGUUUUCUGAUUGCUCGAUCUGAAGAUGAGGAAAUAAUGCGAAUGGUAUCCUUGGAAGCAUCCCUAGAACGAGAUUUGAUUAUUGAUUCAUCAUUUGUAGAUAGUUAUGAUAAUUUAACCAGGAAAUCUCUAUCUAUGAUCGAUUGGGCAUCAGCCUAUUGUCCAGAUGCUAUUUCCAUACUCAAAACAGACAGUGAUAUGUGGAUCAAUGUACCUUUGUUAUUUACAUCGAUACCUAAACUUGAACCAGGUCUUCAUGGUCAUUUAUACUCAAAAGCAAAACCAAUUCGUGAUGAGAAGAACAAAUGGUUUGUCCCAAUAAAUCAAUAUCCUGGUCGAUAUUUUCCUAAUUAUCUCAGUGGAACUGCUUAUUUGUUAGUCAACCGAGCAACUAAUUUAUAUACAAAAUUGUACCAAGCUUCAUUAACAACCAAUUUUUUACGAAUGGAAGAUAUUUAUUUAACUGGUCUGGUUGCUUCCAAAGCUCAUAUCAAACUUCAUCAUCACAAAGGUUUCAAUUUCGUCAAAGUGCCUUUCAGAGUUUGCAAGUAUCGUCAAUUAAUCUCAUCCCAUGAAAUCUCUGAUGAAGAAAAAUACCUUUAUUGGCAGUUGCUUCAAUCGAAUGAAACUUGUUCAUGAUUGAUUGAAAAGGUCAAUUUCACAAUUCUUUACCAUUUCUAUUUAUUAUCCAAAUCUUCCUCGGAUCAAACAGUGAUAACAAAGCUUAUUUAAAUCUUUCUUCAAUUGCCUAUUGCGUCCUGAAAUUUAUAACCAACACAGUCAAAAUCAUCAUCAAAUCGUUGCUGCACCUGUUGAAUUUUUUGGAAGCUAAUAUUUUCAUAUUUGAUUCCGAAAUUUGUUAAAGUUUAUCAAGUUAAUUUGUUUGUUUUUUAAUUUUUCAGAUUCAAAUCCAGUGUCACAAUUUACAAAUGAUUUUCAACAAUAAAAUCGUAAAGUCAUGUUAAAGCACAGAAGUCUUCAUUUCUCACAUUUUUGGCAGAUUAAACUAAUUCCAUUGUAUUCGAGCUAAACCGUUAGACACAGAUUUAUAAUAAAAAUCAUAAAGAUAA